GUCUUCGAAGAACCUAUAGACGAUGUCGCCGCCGGAAGUCCCAAUUGGGAAAGCCGCUAGGAUGUUCCAUGAAGCUAUCUAGAAAUCGGCGGGACGCUGUAAAAUCUAUAAGUCGAAAACCUGUUCGCCCAAUUCAUAGAGAGAUCUGAGAUUGUCAUCAAAUACUGAACGUUGCAGACUUCCUCCCAACUCCAAGAAAAGUUUGGUCCUGGCUCAAUUUGUGAAACGGAAUACAACAUCUUCUGGAACUUAUUUGUCAAAAAUGCCCGGUGUAGAAGCAAACGGCGUGAACGGCCAUACUAAUGGCCACACCAAUGGCCAUGCAACGGGAUUCAAGAACCCUUCGCUGCAAGUCACCGAAGACCAUCAAAUUAAGUUAGUAGACGCUCCCAUCCGCGAACCUGGUCCCGGACAGGUCACUCUGCAGGUCAAGUGUUCAGGGAUCUGCGGAUCGGAUAUGCACCUAUGGAAGUCGGGACGCAUAGGAUCCUUGGAAGUAAAGGGUGAUUGCAUUUUGGGACAUGAAGCUGCUGGUAUUGUGCUUAAGUGCGGAGAGGGAGUUACCAAUCUUAAACCAGGAGACAGAGUAGGCAUCGAGCCGCAGGAGCCUUGCGAGAAGUGCUUCCUAUGCAUGGAAGGCCGAUACAACCUAUGCGAAGAUGUCAAAUUCUCUGGAAUAUGGCCCGAUGCUGGAACGAUCCAGAGGUACAAGGUCCAUCCUGCGAAGUGGCUAUACAAGAUCCCAGACGAAUUGAGCUACUCCGAAGGAGCACUACUUGAGCCAUUGAGUGUUAUUCUCCACGGCAUUAAGGGCGCGAACGUAAGGCUAGGAUGCCCAACACUGGUUUGCGGCGCGGGUCCAAUUGGACUUGUUGCUUUAGCAGCGGCCAGAGCCUCUGGCGCUCAUCCGCUAGUCAUCACGGACAUCGACGCAGGGCGUCUCAAGUUCGCCAAGGAAUUUGUCCCAAGAGUCCAAACCUAUCAAAUCAACAGCAAGCUAAGUGCUGAAGAGAACGCCAGAGAAAUUCGAAAGUUAUAUGGCGACGACGAAUAUUCAGCCCCCGCCUCAGUGAUGGAGUGUACCGGUGUCGAGAGUAGUGUUUGCACAGCAGCUUUCUCGGUUCGAAGGGGAGGUACAAUUAUGGUAAUCGGUGUAGGAAGGCCAGUGAUGAACAACAUCCCCUUCAUGCACCUGUCUCUUGCUGAGAUCGAUCUCAAGUUUAUCAACCGAUACCGAGACACUUGGCCGGCCGCCAUCCAGUGUAUGAGCGGUGGAAUACUUGACCUUAACAAGAUGGUUACACAUAAGUUCCCGCUAGAGAAGGCCAUUGAUGCUUUCGAACUGUGUGCCGAUGUUAAGAACGGCAGUAUAAAAGUUCAUAUUGUUGACGAUUUCGAGGCCACGCUAUAGGCGAAAAAGGCGCAAAUUGCAUGUGUUAAUCUUUUUGUAUAUAGGUUUGAAGUGGGUGUUAUAAUAGGGCGGCGUUGAGUUUGUAAAAAAUUGUUGGAAGCGCUAUAGCAGUUAAUUCAAGUUUCAUGUGUUAUACCUAAGAGCAUGUAGGCCGAGAAACUAAAGACGGUUAUGCAAAAGUAGAGCUAAGCAAAGCUUGAUGGUGUUACUAAGUGUCGUCCCUAGACGCGAAGUCUGCUUAGAAUCUAG